CCCAAAUAUACAUGCUGCUCAUCGUCAUUACUCUUCACUCUUUUGGUGAUCUAUUGUAUUAUUUAGAUAAGAGUUUCCCACAAGAUAUACACCCUUCCUUUUUUUUUGAAGGUCGCUUUCCCGAUUCCGCAGCAGGCCAUUGAAAAAAAAGCGUGAUUCCUAUCGAUCUUAAUCAUGGGACCCAAACCAUGUUUCAAAGUGAAACCUCUUCCUGCUUAUUGGAUAUAUCCCUUCUUGGCCUGGACCGAGAAACCUGCCUGUAAAAGCAUGCACUACGAGGUGCUCACCGAUCUGGCGAGGUUGCCAAGAUAUGGGUCAUAUUUUUUUUCUCACGGUGCCCUUGCUUUAGCGUACAUACUGUUAUGGGGCAGCAGGCUGCAGGCAAGUUGGAUCAUGCAAACUCGGAGAAAAAUACUCCGUCAUCCAUCAUUGUCCAAUUCCUUGCGCAUGUUCAUUUGUAACAGCCAAAGGCAUCCUCAGAAUGUUGCCCUCCGACUUGCCAUAUUUGGUUCUAAUAAGCUACCGAAAAGGCUCAAUUGUGACAGAUCCAAGGAAGACGGUAUUCCCCGACCCGCAGAGACGAGAAGUCGUCAUAACAAUUUUUUCCCGAAGUUGAAUGAAAGGAGAGCGUUCCGGCCCAAUGAAGGGAUUCCCGCAAAGCAUUGAAGAAGCAGAUAUUUACUCACAAGAUAGGUUAUAUUCAAGAUCAAGAUGAGACAUUUCUUAUGAUCACGUAGAAGAAUUAAUACCUUGGAAUUGACGAGUAUGACCCUCUCUCAAGACAUUGACAUUAAUAAAGGAUUGCAAGAGAAUUUUGGCCGCUAAUUACAGGCAAAUAAAUCCUCAUUGUGCUCAGAUGCAACAACCGUAGCAACGCUUGGCGUUGAUGAACUUAUUCGGGACGCGUUUCUGCAUAUG